GCGUUAUUUCGUUGUUAUAAAUUAAACGUGGGACGCGAGAUAACAUCGCAUUUUAUCAAAAUAGCGCGUGAGUGUAAAGCGGAUGUUGCUGUAUUCACACUUCCGUUUCGAUUGAUGUCGUCAUACGUUAAUUGGUCUGUUAUUUGUUACUACGCAAUUAUUGUGUAGCUCGACCAAUCAUUGACCGGCAAUGUAAGCAAGAACUAAACACAUACACUGUAGCAAUAGCGGACUCAGCACUUCUCCUGGCAUUGCGAAGCAAGAAGUUCUCUCUUCAAAGUUGUCAAAAACUAAUUCUCUCAACCGUGGCCAGCGAACUUCAGGUCGCUCAAACAACCCGUAUACCGAAGCUGUUUGCUAAAGAAGCGAAGACUGAACAAACUAUGGAGCAAUUUGCGACGAUGCCUGAAAGCGAAGCGAAACGAUUCGCAGUGCUUACAUACGAACAAGUUGUUCGUCUUGGGGAAGUGCUGAGCGGCACCGUCGAAGUACAUGGACGAGGCAACUUUCCCACCAUUAAAGUCGUUCUCAAAGACUUAGUCGAAGCCGUGUCAUCUCGGCUACGCGAGAAAGGCGUUAAAUUACGAGAUAUUCGCUUGAAUGGAGGAGCAGCAAGCUACGUACUUUGUCAGGACAAGAAGUAUACUUUCAACGACAUAGACUUGAUAUUUGGAAUCGAUUUAUCAUGUCCACGACGAAUUCAUAUGAUUUUCGACGUUGUUAUGGAAGCGUUGACUGACUUCUUGCCUAACGGAGUAAGAAAAAACCGAAUGUUUAGUACCACAUUGAAGGAUGCUUAUGUUAAGAAACUGGUCAAAGUUACAGAUGAUUGCAAUCGUUGGUCGCUCAUUUCGCUGUCAAAUGACGAGGGGCGAAAUGUGGAAUUGAAGUUUGUCGACACAAUGAAGCGACCUUUUGAGUUUUCUAUCGACUCAUUUCAAAUCAAUCUGGAUUCUCUUUUGAGUUUUUUCAAACUAUCAACUUUGCCAAUCAAAUCGAACUUUUUCCCCACCGUGUUAGCGGAGUCAGUGUACGGGGACAUCGGCAUUGCUCUACACCAUUUGGACAAUCGAUUAAUCGCCACUCGCAAUCCUGAAGAGAUACGAGGUGGUGGUCUCCUGAAGUACUGCAACCUUCUAGUAAAAAGGUACAAGCCAGAAGAUGAUAAGGAGAUCAGGAACAUGGAACGCUACAUGUGCAGCCGUUUCUUCAUUGAUUUCGGAGACCUCGACACGCAAGUAAAGAAAUUACAGAAAUAUCUGCAAGAUCAUUUUUACGGCGAGGAGCGCGUCAAGUGCGAAUACCUGCGCAUAUUGCAUCGCACGAUCGCCAAUUCGACCGUUUGUCUCAUGAAUCACGAACGCAAGCAGACCCUGAUGGUGAUAGAGCAAAUAGCGAACAGCAUCGAACAUGGCAUGCUCGAAAUGAAUUAUUAUUGUAGGCCGUCGCCUGCUCGAUUUUCGCAACAUCACGCAUCAGCGCAUUGCUAUUACAAAGGACCUGGAUACCGUUUACACAGCCCCACUAAUCACCAUCAUCGAUACCGAUUUUAUUCACACGGUAACUCGCUGGCUCCGAUGGCCAGUUAAAGCCACUAUAACACUUGAUGGUAACGACCGUACUGUAUUUUUGCGUGAUUUUUCCACGCUUUGACAUAGGUAUUUCUGGCUGGUUGAUUUACCCAUAAACCCCUACUUCGCUUGUGGAUUCGUGCGAUCUUGUUUGGCUCGUAUUAACGAAGACUAUACUCUACAUAAGUAACCGUUUGCUGGCAUCUUGGUAUAAUGCUUUGUAUUAAUAUGCUCAUGUAGACCCAAGAAUGUACUUGUAGUGUGUUUCGCUGUUUCACUAGUACGGAACAAUGUAUGACCUGUUUAAAUAGCCAUGGAGAAGAGAGAACAAUAAAGGAACUUUCAAUUUUGUUCUCAUGAUUUUUGAGUUGCUGCUGCACGUAUAAUUCUCCGUGGCAGCAAUUUUUUAACUGUGAAUGUGACUAGGUUUUCUUAGCAAAGCCUAAUCCUUUGAAUUAUGUACUCUGCUAUUGUUGACAAUAACAUAUUUUUUCAGUUA